GCAACCAGUCUAUGGGCGAGCCGAUAAAAUGUAAGGGAAGACACACAUCAACUGAUCUGAGCACAUUCAAAUCAAAUCUGAUGAAGAAGUUUCAGUGUCUGCAUGAAGGAACAGCAAAACAGGGAAACCCAACAUUCCUGAAUGAGAUCUACACAGAGCUCUACAUCACAGAGAGUAAAAGUGGAGAGAUCAAUAAACAACAUGAGGUGAGACAGAUUGAGACACAAUCCAGGAGAGCAGCAACAGAGGACACACCAAUCAAAUGCAAUGACAUCUUUAGACCUUUACCUGGACAAGACAAACCCAUCAGAACUGUGCUGACAAAGGGAGUCGCUGGCAUUGGAAAAUCAGUCUCUGUGCAGAAGUUUAUUGUGGACUGGAGUGAAGGGAAAGCAAAUCAGGACAUCCAGCUCAUAUUUCCACUUCCUUUCAGAGAGCUCAACUUGAUGAAGGACAAAAAACUCAGUCUUUCAGAUCUACUUCAGGUUUUGUUUCCUGAAACAAGAGAAAUAUCCAGUGAUGCAUAUAAAGUUUUCUUCAUCUUUGAUGGUCUGGAUGAGUGUCGUCUGUCUCUGGAUUUUCAGAGCAAUGUGAGGUUGUGUGAUUUAAGUAAAUCUGCCACAGUGGAUGUGCUACUGACGAACCUCAUUGCAGGAAAUCUGCUGCCCUCUGCUCUCAUCUGGAUCACCUCCAGACCAGCAGCAGCUGAUCUCAUCCCCUCUGAGUGUGUCCAUCGAGUGACAGAGGUACGAGGCUUUAAUGACCCAAAGAAGGAGGAAUACUUCAGAAAGAGAAUCAGUGAUCAGAGUCUGGCCAACAGAAUCAUCUCACACCUGAAGUCAUCAAGGAGCCUCCACAUCAUGUGCCACAUCCCAGUGUUCUGCUGGAUUUCAGCCACUGUUCUAGAGGGAAUGUUGGUGAAAUCAUGGAAAGGAGAGAUCCCUAAGACUGUUACUCAAAUGUACACAUACUUCCUGAUCCUUCAGACAAACAUUAAACAUGAGAAGGACUAUGAGAAGAAAGUGAAAGAUGAAGACAUGAUCCUCAAACUGGGGAAACUGGCUUUUCAGCAGCUUGUGAAAGGCAACUUGAUCUUCUAUGACGAAGACCUGAGCGAGUGUGGCAUUGAUGUGACAGAAGCAUCUGUAUACUCAGGAUUGUGCACACAGAUCUUCAGAGAGGAAUUUGGCUUGUAUCAGGGGAAGGUCUUCUGCUUCGUUCAUCUGAGCAUUCAGGAACAUCUAGCAGCACUAUAUGCGCACCUCUCCUUUACAGAAUACAUAAAUGUGUUCGACCAAGCCACCGAACAAAAUACCUUCUCUAAGGUCUUAAACUGGAUGAAAAAUAAUUCAUUAUCUGGCCUACAUCAGACAGCUGUGGAUGAAGCUUUACAGAGUAAGAAUGGACAUCUGGACCUUUUCCUGCGUUUUCUUCUGGGUCUCUCAGUGGAGUCUAAUCAGACUCUCUUACAAGAACUAAUAACACAGACAGGAAGCUUCUCCAACAAUAAAAAGGAAACAGCUGAAUACAUCAAACAGAAGAUCAGGGAGAAUCCCUCUCCAGAGAGAUGUAUCAAUCUGUUCCACUGUCUGAAUGAACUGGGCGAUAAUUCACUAAUGCAGGAGAUCCAGGAUUAUCUGAGAUCUGGAAAAAUAAAUCAAAUCAAACUCUCUUCUUCACAGUGGUCAGCUCUGGUUUUUGUGUUGCUGACAUCAGAGCAGAAGAUGGAAAAGUUUGAUCUAAAAAAUUUUAUGGGAGCACAAAAUACAGCAGAUGAAGUUCUUCAGAAACUGCUGCCUGUGAUUAAAGAAUCCAGAUCAGCUCAAUUGUGUAGGUGUGGUGUCACAGAUAAAGGUUGCGCUGUACUGGCUACAGCUCUAAGCUCAAACCCCUCACACCUGAGAGAUCUGAAUCUGUCUGGAAAUAAACUACAAGAUGCAGGAGUGAAGCUGAUCUCAGAUGGACUGAUGGAUCCUCACUGUAACGUGGAAACACUGCAGUUGAGUGAUUGUGGUGUCACAGAUGAAGGUUGUGCUGCUCUGGCUUCAGCUCUAAGAUCAAACCCCUCACACCUGAGCUAUUUGGACCUAACUGGAAAUAAACUAAAAGAUCUAGGAAUUAAUCUGAUCUCUUCUAUACUGGAUGAUCCUCGCUGUAAAAUGAAAACACUGCGGUUGAUUGAUUGUGGUGCCACAGAUAAAGGCUGUGCUGUUCUGGUUUCAGCUCUGAGAUCAAACCCCUCACACCUGAGAGAACUGAAUAUGUCUGGAAAUAAACUAGGACCAUCAGGAGUGAAAUUGCUCUCUAAUGGACUGGAGGACCCUCACUGUAAUCUGGAGAUACUGUGGCUGAUGGAUUGUAGUGUUACAGAUAAAGGUUGUGCUGUUCUGGCUUCAGCUCUGAGAUCAAACCCCUCUCACCUACAAAAACUGGAUCUGACUAGAAAUUUUCUUGGAAAGUCAGACGUGAAGUUGCUCUCUGCUCUGAAGGAUGAUCCGGAUUACGAACUGAAGACACUUCUGUUUUAGAUGUUAGUCUGACCUUCUCUGGAUCGGUUGACAGUGAAUAAAGAGCCACUAAAGAAACAUCACAUUUAAUAAAGACAA